AUGGAUCAAAGAUUGGAAAGACUGGAACAACUUCAAAAAGAGAUGCAAGACCAGUUACAAAUGCAAAUGCAAGAGCAACUAGCAAAGAUCCAGCAAGACAUGAGGGACCAAAUGUUAGAGUCCCAAAGGGACAUGAUGAAUCAGUUGUCCCAAUUACUGACUAAGGGGCUAGGAAAAGGAAAAAGCCCCAUGCUCAAUACUGGAGAGAAUAAUGAGGAGCCUCUGUACCCUCCGGAUUUCACCCCGAUAGAUGAUCAAACAUGUCUGCAAGAUGUACCUAUUGCUAUCAGAUCACAACAACACCAGGCUGGUAUCUCGGCACCCAUGAACUACCCGACGGGCUCAGGUUCCAAUCCAAGGAACAGUCCAACCAAUCAUGAAGUUCCUGAUCUAAACGAAAUGGCAGGAAUAGAAAAAGCAAAGGUUGAACUGGCAAGACAACUCGAAGAUCGAUACAAGUGGUUGGAAGAAAAACUUAGAGUGAUGGAGAAUGCUGAUUACCAUCGCGAGGUUGACGCCAAAGAUCUCAGCUUAGUCCCAGAUUUAGUACUCCCGCCGAAAUUCAAGACUCUAGAAUUUGAAAAAUAUAAUGGGACUAGUUGUCCUGAAGCUCACAUCACGAUGUUCUGCCGAAAAAUGACAGGUUACGUUGAUAACAAUCAACUAUUAAUUCAUUGCUUCCAAGAUAGUCUGAUUGGGUCAACUGCCAAAUGGUACAACCAAUUAAGCCGUGCCAAAAUUCAUUCAUGGAGGGACUUGGCACAGGCUUUCAUGAAACAAUAUGGCCACGUGAAAGACAUGACACCCGACAGAAUUACAUUACAGAAUAUGGAAAAGAAGCAAGGUGAGAACUUCAGGCAAUAUGCCCAAAGAUGGAGAGAGGUAGCGACUCAAGUCCAACCACCUCUUCUAGAGAAAGAAACUACGAUGCUUUUCGUCAACACCCUUAAAGCCCCAUUCAUUACCCAUAUGUUGGGAAGUGCUACCAUGAGCUUCUCAGAUAUAGUAAUGUCCGGCAAGAUGAUCGAAAACGCAAUCAGAAGCUGGAAGAUAGAUGCAAGAGAAAGCGCCAAAAGGUCAACCCCAAAUAGAAACAAAAAUGAAGUGAAUAAUAUGAGCAAAGGGUACCCCAAAUUGGUCAACAUAGGUCAGCCGAGGCAAGAAUCCAACUCGAGGCCAAAUACAGAAAGGCUCCAGUUUACACCCAUCCUGAUGUCAUAUAAGGAGUUGUAUCAGAAUCUCUUUGAUGUACAUGUGGUGUCUCCAUUCUACUCAGAACCUGUGCAACCUCCGUUCCCAAAAUGGUAUAAUGAGAAUGCUCAAUGCGAGUACCAUGCGGGCAUAGCAGGACACUCAAUCGAAAACUGCACUACAUUUAAAAAGUUGGUCGAAAGGUUCAUUGAAAUGGGGGUUGUAAAGUUUGAUGAUUCCUCAGAACCAAAUCGCUCUGACAAUACAGUAAAUACGAUUUGA